CUCCAUUCCACAUUCUUAGUUGGCUCAAAGUGUGGAAUCACUUUCUCCCUCUCCCUCCAAUCCGCCCCUCACCUGUUCAAAACUCAUUGCCCUCUUUCCUGUUACGAAAAUGAUGCAGGUGAUCAGUUCUACUAUUCCGGCACACAAUCUUCACAUGUUCCAAGCAAGGCGGGCUAGCUUUAGGUGCCAUCUUUCUCCCUUGAACCCCGACAACAACAACGGUAAGCUGACGUCAUCGCCUUCUUCUUGUUCCACGUCAGCACCCAAGAAGGCACUAACCUCCACCACCGACUCAACUCGCUUGCACCUUGCUAACCUCGACAGGCUCCUCCACAAGGACUCGCCGCCACCACCAUUGACACAACUCGCUAACCAACAACAAGAACAGCAGAACGGCGUCAAGGAAAGGGAGCAAACCACUACUGAGAAGAGGGGGAAGAGUGUUUUGGAAGGUCUCAACUUGGCGAGGUUGUGGCCUGACAUGAAGGCCACGGAGGAGAUGUCGCCACGCCACCUCAAACGCCUUCAGCGGAUGCUGUCCAAGACGGCGGAGUACUCGCCGCGGAACGCCCUCGGAAGCCGGUGGAGGGAGUACCACGGCAGCAACGACUGGAAGGGGAUGUUAGAUCCCCUUGAUGAGAAUCUCCGCCGCGAGGUGGUCCGAUACGGCGAGUUCAUCCAAGCGGCGUACCAUUCCUUCCACUCCAAUCCCGCCAUGUCGGAAGAGGGACCCCCGUCUCAUCGCCACGUUGCACUUCCCGACAGGUACUACAGGGUCACCAAGAGUCUGUAUGCCACGUCAUCGAUUAACAUGCCAAAAUGGAUUGAUGAUGUGGCACCAGAUCUUGGAUGGAUGACCCAGAGAUCCAGUUGGAUUGGGUACGUUGCAGUUUGCGAUGACAAAAGGGAGAUUGCAAGGAUGGGCAGGAGGGACAUAGUUAUCUCCCUCCGUGGAACCGCGACGUGUCUUGAAUGGGCUGAGAACAUGCGGGCACAAUUGAAUGACAUGCCCGAGGAGGGCCAAGGAAAGCCCAAGGUGGAGUGUGGGUUCUUGAGUUUGUUCAAGACAGAAGGAACUCACGUGCCAAGCCUGGCAGAGUCCGUGAUCGAAGAAGUGAAGCGACUCAUGGAAAUGUACGAAGGAGAAACAUUGAGCAUAACCAUCACCGGCCAUAGUUUGGGUGCGGCAUUGGCUUUAUUAGUGGCUAAUGAGAUAACUACUCGUGUCCCUGAAGUGCCUUCUGUGGCAGUUUUUUCUUUUGGUGGGCCUAAAGUUGGUAACAAGGCCUUUGGUGACAAAAUCACUGCCCAAGGAGUUAAAGUUCUAAGAAUUGUGAAUUCCCAAGAUGUAAUCACUAGAGUACCCGGCAUGUUUGUAAGCGAAGAGCUUGAGCAAACGAUAAGGAACUCUAAAAUUGGCGGUGUCCUUGACAUGUUUGAUGACAACACGCCCCUCGCUUACUCCCAUGUGGGAGCCGAGCUGCGAGUUGACACCAAGAUGUCGCCGUUUUUGAAGCCGGACGCUGACAUGGCCUGUUGUCAUGACUUGGAAGCAUACCUUCAUUUGGUGGAUGGGUUUUUGGCUUCUAAUUGUCCCUUUAGGGCGAAUGCUAAAAGAAGCUUGGCAAGGUUAAUGCAAGAUCAAAGUGCUAAUGUAAAGAAAUUGUAUAUUAGUAAGGCUAAAGCCUUGAGUUUGAAUCUUGAAAGACAAGGAUCCUUCUCCAUGUCACUUGAGAGGCAAGGAUCGUUCUCAAUGUCUGGUUGUUUGCCUAGCCCAUCAUAAAUGAAAGUCAGAUUGUAAAUACAUAUAUGGGAACACAUUGGUAAA